GCGGGUCCGGCGGGCCGAGAAUAAGCGUCCGGCGGACGGUAGCUGGCAAGGUUCAUGCUGGAGUGCUUCGCGACCGCUUGCUUCGGCGAUUGUCAGGGUACUGGUAACCAUGACACCCCUGUGGCUGCUCAGAGUUCCCUUCCUGUGUGUCCUGCUCUGGACCUCUUAUGCCCACGAGCCUGCGGCUGGCAUCCAUCACAGCAGUGUCGGCCUGGACAAGAACACGGUGCAUGACCAAGAGCAUAUCAUGGAACAUCUAGAAGGUGUCAUUGACAAACCAGAGACAGAGAUGUCACCUCAAGAACUGCAGCUCCACUAUUUCAAAAUGCAUGAUUACGAUGGCAACGAUCUGCUUGACGGCUUAGAACUGUCCACGGCCAUCACUCAUGUCCAUAAGGAGGAGGGGAGCGAACAGGCACCAGUAAUGAGCGAAGACGAACUGAUUAACAUAAUAGAUGGCGUUUUGAGAGACGACGACAAGAACAACGAUGGAUACAUCGACUAUGCGGAAUUCGCCAAGUCACUGCAAUAGAUGUUAUUUGGCUCUUUAGUUAUAUGCAAAUGUGACCCUUGAUAAUGUGAUGGGAGGUGUCUGGUAAUGCAAAACAACUCAUUUCCAUCUUCUGCUACACACUGGGUAAGGUCCGGUGGCAGUUUGUUACACUGGGGUGGGGGAAAAGCCAAAAGGAACGCCAAGAGGACAAGUGAAUGGGACACGCCCUCUUAGUCCCCACGUGCUUCUAAGCUUGAGGGACUGGGACUGGUUGGGAAUCUUCAGAAGGGUGUUGGAUAUGAUUCCCAGACUCUCAGGAACUGGACUGCAGAUUGCCACUCUAAUUUCUUGGUGUUAAUUCAUGCUACCUGAAAGUAAAGACAGUAUGCUUUUCAGUAACAGUGGAGGGACAGCGUGGGAGCCGCAUGUUCUCCCUGGUGGGUCCCAUCUCCAGGCAAAUGUGGUCAGUGUUCUGUUCCCUUGGCAUACAGCAUCACGUGCUCUAGGCAAGUGGCUAUAUACAAGUGUGUAUUAAAGCCACAGCGUUAAGAAGAAUGUCCCCUGCCGAGUUCAGCGGAUGCAGAGUCUAAGAUCCUCUAUCCACUGGCAUUUUGGAGAUGAGACACCACUGGCCUAAAUAAUUAGCCUUUUUCAGUUCUUCAGUAUUUUUUUACUGUCCUGCCACACCCAAGCUGGGGAGGGACCUUGAAUUUGAGAGCGUUCUCUGAUCACUGUCCACUGUUUUCCUGGUCCUUGUAUUUCAUCCUUGCUCCCAGGGUUCCCUUUAUGGUGUAUCAACUGUUGACUUGAUAUUGCAAGUUUAAACCAUCAGUUGGUCUAGCCUACGUGAGAGCCUGAAAGCUCAGUCACUCAGAAUGGUGACUAACCUCAUCCAAGUCUGGAAGGAAUGCUUUAAAAAUUACCUCUUCAAGCCUGAUUGCCAGAUUUCUUUUCCUUUCAGGGAAGAUCAGAAAAGGAAGCCUAAAACCCUUUAGCAUUGUGAGUCUUAGGAGUAGCUGAAAGGGAAGCAGCGUUGGGUGCAGUUUGCUUUGUGGAACGUGAUAGACACACUCUAAAAGAGAAUCCUGAAUGACGGCAGGAUCGGGAGAAGGAGCUGAAUCAAAUUUGCUUUAAGACGUAUAGAGACUUAUUUUCUUUAUUAAAGUAUUCUUGUAAGAAAACUUACGUAUUUGUAAGACAGUUUCCUGUGUCAAGUAUUUGUGCAAUCAGAGCUGCCUUGUAAACUAUUCUUGUAAUAUCUCAUUAUUUUGAAAGAUUUAUAUAAUGAACUCACUAUCUGACAAUAAAAUGGAUAAAAAGAUAA